UGCCGUAGACUGGUAAAGGACACACGAUGCCUUUUUAAAACCGCUCAAAAUGUCGGCUUCGCUCCACUGAAAACCGAUGGAAGCCAUGCCGGCGGGCGUGUGGUGGUCGUGGCCGAGAUAGGAGGCCCAAUCUCGGUGAAAGGGGAGCGAUGGGGGAGACGGUGCGGCUAGGGAUGCUGGUGGUGCUGGUGCUGAGCUGCACCGCCGUGCUGCGUUCAGCAGGCUGCGGUGAGCGGGUGGAGGUGCACAUGGAGCGCAGGGGUGUUAUCUUUAGCCCCUCCUGGCCUUUAAACUACCCUGUCGGACUCAACUGCAGCUGGACCAUCCAGGCGGGCCACGGAGAGAUCAUCACCAUCAGUUUCCGGGUGUUUGAUGUUGGCGGGCCAGGGAGCUGUGAGUCUGGUGAUUGGCUGCUGAUGACAUCAUCCGGGUGGGGCAGCGGGGGUCAGGACUCGCAGCGCCUGUGCGGGUCAACGCGGCCGCCACCAUUCAUUACCAGCAGGGGGCGCGCUUGGCUCUUCUUCCACUCAAAAGUUAACGGCUCAGGCCAAGCUCAAGGCUUCCACAUGUCCUACAUCAAAGGUCACUUGGGUCAGAGCAGCUGUCAGCCGGACGAGUUCCUGUGCGGUAACGGCAAAUGUGUGCCGCAUUCUUGGAAGUGUAACGGCCAGGAUGAGUGCGGUGACGCCACUGACGAGCGAGGCUGUUCGCCGCCACUCACCGAGACCCCACCAGGCCCGUGCCCGCGCGGCACACUCCCCUGCGCUUCAGGGCGGUCCACCCGCUGCCUAGCCGCCGCCUUGCGCUGCGACCACUCUCAGGACUGCCCGGACGGCAGUGACGAGCUUGGUUGCCCCGACACAGCGUGCGGAAAACAUCUGGGUCACUUCUAUGGCUCCUUCGCAUCGCCCGAUUUUUUCCGCUCCACUCCGGGGGCAGUGGCCGAACUGCGAUGCUCGUGGGUGGUGGACACGCGGGACCCCAAACCCAUCCUGCUGCGGUUGGACCUGCGGCUGGGGCCCGGGGAUGCGCUGCACGUGUACGACGGCACCCUCCAUAGGGCUGAAAAUCUCCUGCAGGUGCUGUCCUACCAUAACAACCGUCGGCCCACCUUGCUGGAGUCCAGUCGCGGACAGAUGAGCGUCCUCUACACGGCAAAACUGCAAAGUCCUGGACACGGGUUCAACGCCACCUACCAGGUGAAAGGCUACUGCUUCCCCGGCGAGCGUCCCUGCGGCAGUGAGCAGGGUUGCUACUCAGAACGUCAACGCUGUGAUGGCUACUGGCAUUGUCCGUCUGGCCGGGACGAGGCAUCCUGUCCGGCGUGUCCUGACGGUGAGUUCCCGUGUGGUGGCGACGUGGCAGACGCCUGCUACCCACCGUCAGAGCGCUGCAACAACCAGAAGAGGUGCCUGGACGGUUCCGACGAGAACAACUGCUAUGACUGCCAGCCGGGCAACUUCCACUGCGGUGACAACCUGUGCAUUUUCGAGACGUGGCGCUGCGAUGGCCAAGAGGACUGUCCGGACGGCAGCGACGAGCGCGACUGCCCCACCGCAGUGCCACGCAAAGUGAUCACGGCGGCGCUGAUCGGCAGCCUAGUGUGCGGCCUGCUGCUGGUGGUGGCACUCGGCUGCGCCCUCAAGCUGCACGCUCUGCGUGGCCACGAGUACAGAGCCUUCGAGACGCAGAUGUCGCGCAUGGAGGCGGAGUUUGUACAGAGGGAGGCGCCGCCGUCUUAUGGGCAGCUCAUAGCACAGGGACUAAUUCCGCCUGUGGAGGACUUCCCCGCCUACAAUCCCACACAGGCCUCUGUGUUGCAGAACAUUCGCUUGGCCAUGAGCCGACAACUCCGACGACACACAAGCCGGCGCUCUUUAAGUUCCUCAUCAUUGCGGCGCCCCUUCGGGCACUUGUGGCAUCGUCUGUUCCGCCGCGAAGGCCGCCCCAGAGGCCAUGUCCCACUUCUGGACCCACCGGUCAGCACCCACGUCAACCUGGGGCUCCACAGCUACCAAACCAGGGGGGGAAACGUGGAUGUUGAACCUGACCGGGGCAACUCGGAGGGCACCGACCCAGGGUGCACGUCGGAGAGUCCCGCUUCUCCUCUCUCCUUCCAAUCAGGCGACAGCCCAGAGGGCACGGCACUGUCUCCGGAGGUGCCUGGUCCGAGUGACGUGUCAGGGCCGCUCCCUCUUACUGGGCCCCACCCUCGCUCCUCUAGAAAACUGGUUCUGGAUCUGGCGCUAAACCUGAAAGGGGUCUCACUUAGACGCUACUCCCCGCUCGGGUCUCUCUCGCCAGCCAAUUCCCUAGCGACCGCCACCCUGCCCCACCCCCUGGCGAGCGUGCCCCCAUCGUCUUCGUCUUCGGAAGGCGAUGCCGACAGUCGGACGGCAGAGAAGAGGAAGAGGAGGAGGAGGAGGAAGAGGAGGUUUGGCGACGACCCUUUGGGUCAACAAACAACGCCUUGCUGACGGGUGAUGCCCGUUAAUCCACCCGGCAACAAAGUGUCCUUGAGUCCCGUGCCCCCUUAUGUCAAUUCUAACUGAUUGCAAACACCCAGGAGUUCAAUACAAACUAUUUUAACAAGCUAAAUGCUAACAGGUUGUGACUCCAUGGCCGCCUUUGAGUCGCUACUUACAGUAGUGCCAAUAUUCUUCGCGAGCCAGCCAUGAUUGGACAGUGUAUUUAAUGCUCGUUGUUAAGAUAUCAUUGUUUUAUAAUUGGGGAACUAGACAUUUUCUGUCUUUAGGGAAGUUGAUCAUACUAUUUUUGAUUUUGAACUUGGACUGUACCAUUUUAUUGCGCUUUUCCAUGACAAGUUCCAGAACGGCCUGGCCCCGCUGUGCCCCGGGCUCGCUUGGUCUGAACUGGCCUCCGUUGCUUUUCCAUUACAAAAGGCCCAUCAGAUGACAGUGACGUCACGGCCCUCCUCGGCCUGUGUUUUAGAACCAGGUCGGAGGAGGUUUUGAGGAAUAGUGCCAUUGUCACCGCCCGGCCUCGAAAAAGUGUAAUGGAAAAGCAACCACCCAGGGCGGAACCAGGCUGGUUGGGCCUAGAACUGGUACAAUGGAAAAGGGGCUUUAGAAUGGUGAAAAAUCUAAAUGGUGUAAAGGGGACAUUAAUGAUGCUAAAAAUGUGGAGAAAAAAAGGUUAGCGCGCCCUGUUUUUGUAGGUUUUAGCAGGCUACUUCCUGGUUCUACCAUUUACAUGCUGGUGCACGGUGAAGCGUCAUGUUGUGACUCAAAUAUCUAAAAGAGAUUGAUUUGUAAAACCUAGAGCAUCAUAUUUUUGUUUCUACGGUUUGUUGGUUAGCUAGUAGGUCCAACGUCGUGGCUUUGAUGGGACUAUACCAUUUUAAUUUUGCAUGCGGGAGGGCAGUUUCUUUGCGACUCCCCCCCAGAGAAAAUACAUUCAAUAAUUUUAGUGUGUCGUAUUUUAGUUUGUACGUUCUUUUGCUAUUAGUAGGUCCUACUUCCUGGUUUAGAUGUGACUCCACCAUUUGCAUUCAGCUGGGGGGGGGAAUAGUACUAUUUUGAGUGAAUGCAAAAUGGUAGUGUCCCAUUGGUCUAAUCAUCCACGAACCAGAAAGUAAACUGAUCUUACCUACAGUCAUACGAAAUAAAGUAUGCGCACCACAAAAUACACAUACAGGACACUUCCUGGUGGGGGGGAAACAACUUAAAAAAAUCGUGAGCAGCCUGCUUCCUGGUCCCUGUAGUUUUUCCUACUUUUGUUUGUGUAAUUUCUCUUUUUGACAUUUCAGUCAUGAUGGAACAGCCACCUCCUUCAAAAGUAUAAACGGUCGAGUCCAAUUCAUGUCAUCAUCCAUUAACCAGCAAUUAGCUUGCUUACUACUUAUUAAGAAUUUUUUUUACAUGUAAGUGUGCUAUGUAUUUUUGACAAAGAGCCUGUACUGUACAUUUAACUAUCUUAAAUUAUCAUUAGCGUCGGCGGACAUUUUACGCACUGUGCCACCAUUAGAAAUGCCUACUAUGUGCCAUGAUUUCUUAUUUCGUGUCUAUACUUCAAGCUCUUUGCUAGAAAGCCAUUUGAGCAUUUAUUCAAACUCAAAUAUUGAGCUUUAGGUCGAUGUAAAUUCCGUGCGAGUUUUUGACAUACUUGGCAAAUAAAAAGGAUUCCGAUGUAUUAGUAUACUCUCUGUUCUCACUAAAAAGACAAUUUAACCCACGAGUAAAAGAACGGGCACACGAGUAGAACUGUCUCGCUAGUAACAUUUUUCCACUAUUGCCUUCUGCUAAUACAUUUUUGCACACUACUCGGUCAGCUUUGGCCAAAUUCUCCACAAGUAGACUUCUAUGCACUACUACAAGUGAAGGCCGAGAUGUUAACUCGGGGAAACUAUUCAACGUCAUUAGUCGUACUAGUGGCACUCAGUUGUCAAAUAGUGCACUUUUGCCUCCUAGUAGUACAGUUAACCCCCACAUAUUCACGGUUGGCCAUUCUCAAAUUCACCCAUUCAUGUUUUUUUUUUUUUGAUAGGAACAAAGUUAUACUGUUAUUUGCUGAAAAACUCACAUAUUUGCCGUAUUUGUGCUCAGGCCACAGCCAUGUCUAAUAGAAAAAUAUUGCUUUUGCACCAUCUUGUGUCCUCUUGGGGCCAAGCCACUAUUUUGAAGUGAGGGGAGGAGCUUCAUUUAGUCAGGCAAUGGCCUUAUUUAAUUAAUUAAAAAAAGUCCUUUGCCACGCUCUUGUGGCAUCUAAUAGCCAAUUAAAAACCUUUUGGGAGGACGUCAAUUACUCGCGGAUUUCAGCUAUUCGCGGCAGGGCUCAGUCUCUGUUCCCUGCAAAUACCAGGGGUUCACUGUUUGCCAAAGUUGUCUGACUAGUGAGGACGAAGGGCAUACUAGUACAUGGACCUUAAAAUGCAUAGCAGGGAUAUCAAAUGGUCAACCACCUUUCCAUGCUUUGCCUUGUCUUUUGAUGUUUACGUUGCUCUUCUAGUAAUUUGGGUAUCCCCGAAAAUGCCUUAAAUGCUUCUUUUCCUGACUGUUGUCACCAUAAAAACGUGUAGGAGAGAUGACAUCACUCCACUCAGGGGGAUGUUUGUUAUGCUGCAUUCAAUAAAACUGGGAAUUAUGCAACUUUGAAAUGUCACAGUUGACAACUUCAAAGCCCCAAGGCAAACGUCAUUUAAAAAUGUUGUUUUCAAAACUGUCUCUCCGGGUAAAAAACCCAUUGUCUAUUCGUAAAUGUCGGGACAAAACGUGUCCUCCAAAGUGGAUGUAAAAUAACUUGUUCUGUGAUUGUACUUCAAAGUUCAAAAGCACUUUUCCCCAUGACUUUUCCAAUUUCCCAGUUUUAUGGAAUGCAGCACAAACUAACACUUGGGAUUGUUUAGUAGUGUUAGAAAACAGGUAAAUAAACACACUGUGAUGGUGUUGGAAGAGUAUAAAUAAUACAUGAUAGAUAUAUUUCUAUAUUUGGGCUGAAAGAGUUAAGCUAUGAUCAUUUACUCAUGGGUUUGUUGGAUUGUUGUAAAAAAUACAAUGUUAUUGUUGAUUAGCCUUUUGUUUCUGUGCCUGGGAUAAAUAA